ACAUUGUGCAAUUAUCAAUAAUAGCUCUGAGCUAUUGUACAUAUAUCCACUGGUGCACCCUGAUCCCGAGUCUUCCAAGUUUCUACUAUCUUAUAUCGGUCUUCUUAUCUCGAACGUUACCAUCGUCUACCAUCCCAAUCCUUAGUGCUCUCUAGGACAACAGCAUUCCUUCACCAUCGUCGCACCAACCAAUCGGUGAAGCAAUAUAACAUAUCUAUACUUGACUGAAGCCGGCCUUCUUUCAAUCAGUAUCUCCAACAUCGACCAAUAUCGACCAACAUCGACUAACAGCACAUCACAAUGUCUUCCAACCCAGAAAAGUCACAGCUUAUUCAAGCAUACAUGAUCCUGCAUUCUCAGCAGACCAAUGUUCGUCGACGAUUGUCGACCGACUCCAACUCUUCAGGCUCCUCAAGCCCUUGCUCUAGCAGCUCGCCUUCUUCAUCAUACAACUCUCCUUCCUCUUCCUUCACAGCACCUUCGCCUGCCUUCUCAUUCUCGACAAAACCUUCUUCUCCAACCACCGCAAGAAGACACUCUCGAUCAUCUUCAACAAGCACACGCCGAAGCUCGCUAUCACCACCCACAUCGCCGAACAGGACCACCAUUCCUCCCAUUCCUGAGGAGGAGACUCUAGAAGCACCACCACCAUUGAGCAACGAUGAGGUCAAGCUUGCCGACAUCUCAUCAAGGAUCAAGAACACUCUUACCGACUUGUUGAACUGCGACGCGGUAAAGAGUGACUCUAGAAUGAGAUCAUGGGUUGCUACAAGAUUGAUGGAUGUUGAGCAUGAUCUCAAGGAGCAGAAGAGACGACGACACAGCUCUCACGCUGAAGACGCAGAGCUCAUUGCCUCUCACCUUCGCGUAUGAAGUGGUAUUCCCACUUGACCUUAUGGACCUUUCCUUUGUCUGCAAAACGUUCUGGAUAUGCUCAGGCAUACAUCUUUUGAGCGAUGAUUACACGAACAUUUUAUGACGGAUACAUGAUUUUGUUAUACAGCAGGCGCUUGAGGUUCUUUUUGGUCCACGACAGUACAUAUACCCCCAACAGUGUGGCUUCUUAUUGUAUAAAAUCCAUUUUACUCUUACCAUC